CACAGAAUGGUGGCCUGAUGCUCUGUCACAAACGUAACCAGAACGGAAUUUGAAGUUGUCUGUUGAAAAUCACUUCCACAAUGCGACAUUUUGGAAGUGCUUCAUUCGAGUUGCCUGUAAUUCACACUUGCCUGCACGUUGGACAGCAGAGAUCUGUGUCAGGUCGUCUCUCGCUUAGAAAUUCAUUCCGAGUUGUGUGGAUUUUCUGUUAAUUGUUCAAUUUGAGGCUCCUGUUUUAAUAUCUGAUGUUUUUGUUAGUCACCUAAAUGGCAAUGGCAGAUUGCAGCAUGCCAUUCUGGAGUCUGGAGCUCGGUGAUGUUUCGCAUCAUAGUUAGCAUGUUAUACUCGGAAACGUUUUCAUGUCCAGGAACGGCCAAUCUUUAUGUGAACAAAGUCUUGUAAGUAGAGGACGGGACCGUUGAAUAUGUUCUGCUUUUAGAAGAUUCAGGGAAACCAAGCCCUAAUAUUUUGAAUGGACGAGCAGACAGUCAUAUAAAUGGAUUUGCUUGAAGAGCAGUGAAAAAAUUGGUGAAGCGAACGUGCUGUUGCUGUAGACCUGGAGAGCAACGAUGGCGAAGGUCGAUCACGGAAGAAACAGACGCGCUAUCGUUGUGGCGAAAUAAGAGUUCAAUCACCUAAACGGCCUCUGCUUGAGAUUCCUGCAGCCUCAACUUGUUUGGUUUCAUGUUCCCUCCCGCCCUUGCGCUGAGGUUUCUUGACAUUCAAAUCACACUUUCUUGUAAGAGUGUCUUAGAAUCCCCCAGCAUUGCCCUCGACUACAAGAAGUUUAGUUGCAGCGGUCCCAGUUAAUAAUUCCUGGGCCUGCAUUGCGAGAAUCCUGGUGUGUGGCGUGUUUUCAUACUACUCCAGCGAAGCCAGUCCAUCGGCUCAACUCAUAGGGAUCCUCGACGCCUUCACAUGAUCAUCGCAAGCACUUUCAAAUUUCAAACCCACAUACGAACGAGUUCUACAAUUGUUCUGACCGCCACCAAUCUCCCGCACUCGUCCUUCCUCUCGUCCGGUGUUCAAGCUGGUUGUUUGGUGAAGCCUUUACACCAUGCCGGCCGACAUUUGCCGACCUCCUGCGGGGAAGAGGUCUUUGACGCGCGUUUCAGGGACAUCGUCAUUUGACAUAUUCAGGAGCAACAACACCCGACCGUGCAGUCCCCCGCACGCGACUCGUGUAUUCAACGACGCCACUGUGAAGGGGAGUAAUCCUUUGUUAGAGGCUGCUCGCGAAAUGCAUGAGGGCGUUUCCAGUUGUAAACCAUGCCGGUCGAAUCCCCAGAACCAGUCAUCUUUUGCAAGGGGAUCAGAGAGUCAGAUUACGUUUGGCGAGUGCAUGACCCCCAAAGAAGCCGAAGGAUUGAUAGUAAGGCGGCCCCGCUCUGAAUGCAGGCAGAUGGACUUGGUGGGGAACCACAGAUUGGAGGAGAAUUGCGGUGGUGUUGGAUUGGAUGUAUCUGGUGGACUCACUUUCCGGCCCUGCUCAAGUAGCAAAACUCAGGAGCUUGCAGGCCAUGAUGUCUUUGCUUUCACCAAUGCGUCCGACUCACCUCCACCGCCUGUACGAGUGCCCUAUUGUCCCCAGGAAAUACGCAUCCCACCACACGAAAUGCCCCGCAAUCCAAAAAGAUUAGAAAGCCAUCUUCAAAUGGGAGACCUCGUCGUCUCGCCAAAGAGACCAUCAACGUGCCCGUCCUCUAUUUCGUAUCAAAUACGGAGCCCAAACUGUGAGGGGUACGACUUUUUCUCCAGGGCACGACUAGUUGAGGAAGCAAAAACGCGGGCUUUUCGGGGGAAUAACAUAUUUGAUUUUAACGACGAGCCACGGAACAUGGAAGAAGAUGGGCAUAACUUUACCUUGAGCAAGCUGGCACGACGUCGCGACUUAAGAGGAAACGACAUAUUUGGAGACAGCAAGCUGGGGGAUACUUCGGAUCUACGGUCUCCAGCCCCUUAUGGCAGACGACACGUAGGCCCUUGUAAUUCACAAUUCUUGCGCGAAAACCCCCUUUCGUCCACCGACUCUGCCUGUCACAGGACAGCCUUGGAAUCUGACUCUGUUUGAAUUGUAAACUCACUCGAAACACCUUGACACUGCAAUGAAAAUGAUAAUUCUGUUUUUUCUCAGCAUACUAUCAUAUUUUCAUUA